GCGAUCGAGUCAAGCAGCAGAACCUGUUAGAGAUUCUUCUUGGGGAUUUUCCGCUCCCUGCUUAAUGGCGCGCGAUCCAAAGGAAGAUGUGCCUCCGCCGGAGGUGCAUCACUACUACGAGCUCGGAGAAGUGCCGUGGGAUAUCCAGAAUUAUUGGGCUCAACGAUACAAGAUCUUCUCCAAGUAUGACGAGGGGGUGUGGUUGACCGAUGAUGCCUGGUUCGGUGUGACUCCGGAGCCCGUGGCCAAUAAGAUUGCAGAGCAUAUGGCCAGCUCCGCGCCCGCGGACAAAAUGGUUCUGGUGGAUGCUUUCGCCGGGGCUGGCGGCAACUCCAUUGCCUUUGCCCUCUCCGGCCGGUGGAAGCGUGUCUACGCCAUCGAGAAGAACCCGGCCGUCCUGCAGUGCGCGAAACACAACGCCAAGAUCUACGGCGUCGCGGACCAGAUCACCUGGUUUGAGGGGGACUGCUUCGAGAUUAUCAAGAAUCAAUUGAUGGAUCUGGCUCCGUACAGUGUUCUGUUCGCUAGUCCGCCUUGGGGAGGACCCGGCUACCGGUCGGAUAAAGUCUUUAACCUCAGGACGAUGGAGCCUUACUCGUUGGCGAAAUUAUACAAUGAAUACUCGCUGUUCACCGAGCACAUGGUUCUCUAUCUUCCGCGGACCUCGGAUGUGAAGCAGAUGGCCAAGGUGGUCAAGGACGGGCAGAAUGCAACGGUGAUGCAUUACUGCAUGGAGGGUGCGAGCAAAGCCCUCUGUGUAUACUAUGGUGGGUUCGAUUUGCAAUGAUGGCUUGUGCUGCUUCUUGCUUUCUUGUUUUCACUAGAAUUGUUUGUUGGGCCUGCUGAAUCUAGCUGAUGCGGAGAUGAAGCUCACCCCGUUUGGAUAUGCUCGCAGGCUUGCACUUUACUGUACAUUAUUGUCUGGUUAUAAGUAAUCAAAUACCC